GAAAAGAAGGGAGACCAGACACCCUCAUCUCUCCUGUUUUUCCCCUUCUCACUCCCUCACUUUCUUCGCGCGCGUGUGCAUGCAAAUAAUGGAUCGCAAGCAGUGGUCAUGUGCUGAGUGCGGGCGGCGAUUUGAUAAGAAAGGAGAUCGAGAUCGACGCACACACCUGAAUCAGGAAGAGCGUCCUGUCUAUCCAUGUCCACAUUGUGGAAAACGCUUCUCUCGAAAAUACAACCAACAAAAUCACUCUCGUCUAUGUCUGCUUCGUGCACCCGCACCGUUAGAUGCGACGCUACACAAUCAAGGAGUUCCUCUCGAGGUUGCCGUGCAUGGGAUCCACCACACAGGGACUCCGACAGCUCAUCCUGAUAAUUCAUUCGAAGAUAGACGAUGCGAGAACGUCCAGCUAUCGACGGUGACAAAUACGUCAACGAGUCCUGUCGGAUGUCGUUAUUGCCAUGGACAAAAUAAAGAAGAGCAGAACAGCGAUGAAUCGCCACCUGCCAAAAGACGACUCGCCUCUCCUGAACCAUCCACGAGUUUUGUAGAGCAAAUCAACGGCAAAAAGUUCAUCUAUCGUGACGAAAUUCCUCUUGAUGAAACGAACCGAGCGGAAUUCCUCAUUGCAACCGUGGACCAUUCCGUCAUCACUUCAACCUCAAUCAACACAUCCAUGAUGUUCACCUUCCACCUAGACUGCACCCAGCAAACCAGAGGAGCCACGCAUCCCACAUGCAAUCUAGGAUUCACAAAUGCCAAAGAAUCUUUCCGAGUCAUUAUCCACAACGGUGGAAAGUACGAUCUGAAGCUCAUAUUGAAGGGGAUUGCAGAUGGGAAGCAUGGAUUGGCGAAGGAUAUUCAGCCAAAUGCCUUCCCCAGCUGUGGCAAAUGUGAAGGAUUUCGGGUGAAGCCGAGGAAAGCAAAUGGAGACACAUGGAGAAAGUUGGAAUCACUUCGAGAUGCACACUUGAAGACAGCAGAGGUGCAGCGAUCCAAUUAUGCAGACCACAAAGUUAUGGCUCUCAGAAAUUAUGAUUGGCUCACAAUUGUGAUUGAUGGAGUCAUGGUGUAUAUUGGCAAGGGUAUUCGAGAAUUCGCCUUUGUGGACAUGGGGCGAUUUCCACAUGAGUCAAAUCUAUGUGUGGAUAUCAUCCUUCGGUCACUCCUGCAUGUGAAGAUGGACUUGAAGAAUAAACUCUUCCUGCAGAUGGAUAACUGUGCCCGGGAGAAGAAGAACAAGUUCAUCUGUGCUCUCGCAUAUCUCCUGGUGGAGACUGGCAUAUUUGAAGAAGAAGCCACUCCAUACAUCUGGACUCUCGUGGAACACAAGAGGACAUUGACCACACCAGGAAUGACUCCAACCACGCUGAACUUCCUAAGGGGCAUGGAGAACCAGUUGCUCAGACCUCUGGAGCAGCCUAUCAACGGUUCGGUGGGAAGCCGCAGGCAGGGGGCAUUUAGUGGGACUGAAGAUCUCCAGCCAGGAAUGAUCGCAGCCGUCUAUACAUAUGAAGAGGUAUCCCGUCCUUGGUUGGGAGAGUUUCAGGCAAUAGAAUAUGGCGAUACAGUGAAGAUCCACUGGUAUAUGGGAGGCUAUCCCAAAUCGUGGAAGCCCAUGUCAGGAACCAACAGCACGUCAUCUGUUCAUCGUGAAUCCCUUCUAUUAUGGGUGUUUACACUCACUGAGAAAAGUCAGCGACUGACGAGUGAAACAGCUGCAGAACUGAAGCGGCUGCAUCAAGAAACAGAUGACCGGAUGACGAUCCAACAAGACCGCAUUUCAGAGGAAGUAUAGAUUUAAAUUAUUCAUGGAAAUAUCUGCUUAUGCACAAGGAAGGACAAUGAGGAGGCUCCCAAGGGAGAAAGGAUUCUGUUAGCAAUUUUCUCCAGGAUGGAGAUGAGUCUAAUUCUUAUUCAUGUAUUAAACCCUGCUACCAAACUUAACGAAAGCAUUGGAUCAUGGCUUUGUCUUUUCUCACCUCCAGGAAUUCCUGCCCCUUCGGAGAUCAGCAGAGGAUGUAUAAGGACUCUCUUCUAAUGCUUCUCAGCAGGGAUGCAUUCACCAUAUCGCACUGUCCCAUGAAAAUGAAGAAUAGCCUCUUCCAGGUGAUGAUUUCAUGGAGAUGGAAGGUGGAGCUUGCCUACACGCAGCUUUAAUCUCAUUCCUGGGAAAUGUGGAAGGUGGUGAACAUCAUGCAUCACAUCUCAUCUGAACUUGCAAUAUGUCGAAGACUCAUGGAGCAUUUUGUUUCAAGACAUUGCAGUGUGACUCAUACAUUUUUUGUUCUUCAUUCUGCAUGCAUACUAUAGUAUAAGACCUUACAUUGAGUUUGAGUUCGUAGUGAAAAUCCUGUUUCCUGCAUGAAAUGCU